AUGCAGGUUCAAGGUCAGAGGUCAAAAGAAGUGGGUUAUGCCUGUGACUUCUACACGGAAGAGACAACCUAUCAAAACUACAAUGAGAUUCGUUUCAAGCCAACAGAGUUCAAGGAGUACUUGCUGUCCCAAGAAGUGGGUUUUACAAGCUGUGAAGUCAUUGGGACUCCCGUUAACAAGUCCAAAGGAUUCAGACGUCCUAUGAUGAUGUUCACCAAGCUACAGACGAUCAGUCGACCAGUCAGCAGAAGACCCUCUACAGAGAAGCCACCCGUAACUGUGACCUCAAGUGUAACCUCAUCCAUUCCUGCGAUCCCUCAUCAACCACUGACGCAACCACGUGCUGGGUCUUCCACGCCCAAGACGGCUGGUGUUGGAGACAAGAUGAAGCCGGAGGCAAAGGAGGUGCCUCCUGUAGAUAUUCUGGCAGGAGCUGAUCCUAAACCAGUGAAGGUGAAGGAAGAGCCUCCUGUGGGUAUUCCUGCAGCAGCAGAUCCUUCACCUGUGGCAAAGCUAAAGGUAAGCUCUUCAGAGACUGCAGAUAUUGGACAGGAAGUAAGGUCCAGGGUGAUUCAGGAGCCAAAGGAGGAACCAAUUCUGGAGGAGGGGGGCAAAGCUGAGGUGAUGGAGGCUACAGAGAUGGAGCCUAAAGAUAUUCCAGCAGAAGUGGAAGAGGGUGGUGCUGCCACAACAGUCAAGUCUGAGGAUACUACAAAGGAUGCAGUCGCUGAAACAACUCAAAAGUCAAAACCUGAGGAGAUUCGGGAGAAAGGAGACACCAUGGCAUCUUCAGUGUCAUCAUCAUCUAGGACACCAGAACUGGAAACAAAGAAGGGUGAACAGGAGGGUUUGGGGAGUGAAAGGGAUUGUAGAAGCUCCACUUAAAAGGUUUCCUGAAAGAAUAUCACAAGACGAUCACCCUGAAAUUUUAAUCAUACAUAUCAUGCACAUGCUUGCACUUCUGGUCAGCAAACCAGAAAUUAUUAAUUAAUGGAGGAUAUUUGUUUGUUAAUUUGAGAGUGAAAACACCGUUUUUCUUUCUCUGAUACACCAAUUCUUUAUUGGAAGUGAGAUUAAACAUGAAAUUUAAAUUCUCACUGUAUUGUUUAAUCUUGCUAAUUGUUUUGAACUUUUGUCUUGUUUGUUACAUGUGAAGAAAUUUUCUUGUACAUUCUCAACAAAGAAAUCUUUCUAAAGUAACCGGAAAAAAGAAGAAGAUAGUUGGAAAUUAAAAUAGAAGAAAAUCUUAAAAAUUUCAGGGGGAAGGUGAUGUUUGACUUAAAGUAUGCAGAUGUCACAUCUAAUAAAAUUACAUGCUGGUUUUAAUACAAGAACCACUAUUAUCAAUAUUUUGACAGUUUUGAAAUGAAAAUUUUUUAAAAAUAAAUGCAUGUUAGUUUAUAGACAUGAAAAUUAAAAACAAGCACAUAGAACUAAGUAGAAACAAGCAUUUUUUGGCAAGAUAUUGUCACAUAUUUGUGGUCUUAAUGAUGAUUCUCUUGAUCCCCAAACUUGUCCCUUGUGGGGUAAUUUGGAGAUCUGGAAAAACGGAAACAACAAGAGGCACAUAUCCAUACAUCAUAUAAAAUGAGGGCUGCAUAACUGACACAAUCAACUGCAGCAGAUCCAGUGGAGUUAGAUAAAGUACCAUUUCAGAGGUUGUAUUUUUAGUGCACAAUAGUCGGCCCCUCUAAGCUUCUGUCUCUAAUCCGACUGACUCUGAGCCUGAUCAAUGUUAUUUAAAACUUUUCAACAUGGUUUGCCACCUAUACGGAUACAACUAAUUGUGCGAUAGAUUGUCCUUGUAUGCAGGUGUAUAAAGUAAAAAAUAGAAACAAAUGUUUUCUGAUUAUCUGUUAGUUUUGAUUUCAACAAUACUUGCUCCAUAACCAAAACAUCGACAGGAGGAAAACAACAUUUGCCAUCAAUCUAAAUUUGGCACUUUCGCUUCAUGAAUUUUGGAAUAAAUACAAGACAGAGGAAUCGCUUUUUUUGUUCUCUUUUCCAAAUACCAUCAUGGUCGCUCAUGAUAGGAACAUGAAGGAAAUGAACCUAUUCAAAGGACGAUAUUGUUCUUCCCUUGGCAUCUAAUUAGAUCAAGACGUUAGUUUUAACGCUUGACGUCAUGGCACAUCCUUGAGAGCUGAUUUUUUGUUUGUGUUGAUGAGACCAUUACUGUAGUCUGCACUUUCAGACCUUAAGGCAUGAUUCAACUAAAGUUUAAAAGUUGAAACCAUUCCCAGGGUUUUUAGCGGAGAUGUCAGUCUUCAGGCUUUUGCCUGAUUUAAGGCCAAAACAACUUCCCAUUUCAGGCUUUUACAUUGUAUGACUGACUUCUUCUCAGGCCAAGUGAGUAAAACUAAAUGACAUCCCUGUUUUAGGCAUUUUUGCAUAAAAUCCAGACCUUCAUUUUUGAGGAGCGCGAUCGCGCCGGCGCUCCUACCGCGCUCCUUAAAAAAUAAAUAAAUGAAAAAUCGCGCUCCUAAAAAAAAAAAAAAUUGCUAAAAUUUCACAUUUUACAUCUUUAAAUCCAUGAAAUGGCCAUCUAUUUUCCAUAAUU